ACAACUACGAACAACAUGAAUAUCCACGGUAUUACUAGGCAUUUUUGACGAUUAAAUACGAAACUGCGAAGCCGUWAACACUUAUCUUUAUUAAUGCAAAUAUGCCUUGAAAUGAGCAUCACRCGGUUGGCAAACUUCAGCAAAGUAUCGCGCCACGGACCGUCUUGACAGGAAACUACACGUAUCAAGUGUUUCUAAAAGUAGUUCAAACAAGACGCUUGUUACAGCGACAGACAACUACUUUAGUAAAUAGCAGAGAAAUGUCUACUUAAUUACAGGAAAAUGAUGGAACAAAAUGUUGAAUUCUCGGACUCAGUGGUCAAUAUAGCAUGUACGCCAAGAAACAGAGCSAACUUACGRCGGUUAAAAACAACCAGUAUACAGAGCUUUCAACGAUGGGAGAAAGAAAAUGARCUGUUGUACGCCAUGAUCGAGGACGAGAGCACUUGGCUCUCCACUCUUUUUCCUGAUAUAUUUAUAAAUGCUGAUCUGUUCUUUUACGCUUUAGAAGAUGGGACACUUCUUUGUCUUUUGGCCAACUAUAUUCAAGACAUGGCCGAGAAGUACAGUCAAAGAACUGGUAAGCCAGUACCUGGAAAAAAAGUUACCUUUCAUAAAUCUAGGAGGGGGAUCAGGGAAUCAAAGCUGUUUCAUUCGCGGGAUAACGUUGAAAAGUUUUUGUCUUGGUGUCGCCAACAUGGCAUUCCUGAAGCCAUCUUAUUCGAGUCGAAUGAUGUUGUUCUUGUAGAUGAAUGUAGGACAGGGGGACGAGAAAUUGUGAUUUGUUUAAUGGAGAUUGCAAGAAGAUGCAGUUCCUAUGAAUUGCAACAAUUACCUAAAUUGAUUCAGCUAGAACGAGAAAUAGAGGAGGAAGAAUUUUGUCAGGCCGCUACAACUGCUUGCGAACCUUUGACGCUGGACACUGGUGGUAGUAAUGACAUUCAAGGGGRCAGAAGCCCGAUUGAUUCGGAUUCUGGCGUAGAGUCAGUGUUUGAUGAAGGAGUUGAUCCAACUGUCCCGCAACUAAUGGAAUUCACAUUAGAUGACAGUCAUGAACACAUCGAAAACUAUGUUGCGGGCACCACAAASACUCUCGAAGAUCAAAAGCCUACAAAACAACAAAAAGAACUUUCAUCUUUACUGGAGAGCAAGGGUCCCAAGACUGAACUUGAUAAAAAGGUAUGUAAAAUUGCACAAGAUUAUAACAUAAAGAUUGUCCAUAGACUGAAAGAAGGAAAAUACAUUAUUCUUGGAAAAACUAUGUUUGUUAGGAUGUUAAAUGACCAUUUACUUGUACGUAUUGGUGGWGGAUGGGAUACAUUGGAACAUUAUAUCAUGACCCACACUCCAAAGCCAACCACAGGUGAAAAUCCCAUCUCUCCACCUUCACAACAACCAGAUAAUCAUCGCAAGAAAUCUGGUGUUUGGAGCAAGCUUGUUGAAAAAGUUAAAAGAAGGGAAAGUCAGCCAAAUAUAACAGCUUCUCCUGUUGUUAUUUCCAAGAAACCAAGACCUGAUAGCUCACCUGUGUCCUACAAACUUCGCGAUCGUUUUACGAAAAGAUUAUCUGUAGAGGAGAAAGACGGGAAAGAUAUCUCGGAGGCAAUACAAAGAAUUGAAUCAUCAAUAUUGCUCACACCAAAAGAUUCACCAUCUUUUACGUCUAAGACAUUUUUCCAACUGAAGAAUCGGUUUGAUCGAGGAAGAAAUUCAAGUGAAAGUUUUUCCAAAAAAAAGUCAAAAGAAAUGGAUGAAGGAAUCACACACAUAAACGGGGGUCAUGGGCACGAAAAUAACCAGAUGAAUAGCAACGACUUAAUAAGAUUUAACGACGAAGAAACGAUGUCAGCAUUUUGCGGUCCACAAGGUUCAGGUGAUGAAUCCCAGCUGAUACCUGAAGUUGUCUCACUGCAGGCUGAGCAAUCCGAUUCCAAGAACCCAAGUGAUGGCGGUGUGGUAGUUUAUGAUGAAAAUGAUGCAAAAUGUAUUGGAAUGAUGUCUGUAGAAGACAUUCCGAAGCAAAAUCAAGUGGAAAAUAGAUCAGAAGAGAGUGGUGAAACAAGUGCAUUUGAAUCGUGUCUUGUUAAAGAUGAUUCCAAUCAUGAACAAUUAAAGACUGACAAUUUGCAUGAAAUAAGCACACUUUCAUCAAACACAGAGAUGCAUCAACAAACAUUUUCAUUUGAACAGACCGAAAAUAUCUUAGUAGAAGAUGAACAGGAAGCUACAUCCAAACAACCAGAACAAGAAGCUGAACCCAAGCAAGCUGAGCAGGAAGCUCAACCCCAGCAAGCCGAACAGGAAGCUGAACCCCAGCAAGCUGGACAGGAAGCUGAACCCCAGCAAGCUGAACAGGAAGCAGAACCUCAACAAGCAGAACAGGAAGCUGAACCCCAGCAAGCAGAACAGGAAGCUCAACCCCAGCAAGCUGAACAGGAAGCUGAACCCCAGCAAGCUGAACCCAAGCAAGCUGAGCAGGAAGCUGAACCCAAGCAAGCUGAGCAGGAAGCUCAACCCCAGCAAGCUGAACAGGAAGCUGAACCCCAGCAAGCUGAACCCAAGCAAGCUGAGCAGGAAGCUGAACCCAAGCAAGCUGAGCAGGAACAAGAAUCUAAGGUACAUUGUCGAGAUAAAACAUGA